AUGAUUGAAGAGUCAAAAAUUGACGGGGAAUUGGUAUCCAAAGAACCCAAAAUAGAAUUGGAAUGUUACAUUUCUCCAGAAAACUCCCAAGUAAUUGGGACUGAAUCGGAAAUUGAUGAUUGUUCUAAUAAUGAGCAGGUUUUCAAUAAGUUAGGAGAUCAUAAUGAGAACAUUAUACACAAUUUUGAUCAAAUUAAGGUAUUUUCUCGGUCUAAUAUGGAACAGGUAAAUUCUCAGUACCUUUACUUAACAACUACAGCUAGCAGUAGCGAUCAGGUAAUUGAUCACUGUAAUCCAGCCUUUCCUAUCAAAGAGCUUGAAGAAUGUAAAAAGUCCAAGAAUGAGUCAAAUCCAAAUCUAAAUGAUGUAAAAACAUAUGAAAAUGCCAAAAAUUUAAUCAAAUUUAAAAUAGAAAAGUUUAAUUCAGUAAUUAAGGAAGACAAAGAAAAACGUAAAGUAAUUGUAGAAUGGUUGAAUAAUAACGAAUGGUCUUGUAAACAAUGGAGUUGUAAGAAGUUUGGUAAAGAAGGAGCUGCAAAAAGAGCAAUUCAGUUUUUAGAGAAGAUACACGGAACCACAAUCAAUUGUUUACCUGAAGGUUUCUAUUCUACCCUUUUGAAAAUUGGAUCUUUAGAAGGUAGUAAGUCUUCCUAUUCUAGAAGGAAGUCAGCGGAUUACUCUGAGAAAAAUGCAAACAAAAGGUCAAAGGUUAACCAAUAUACGGGAAUCCAGGAAUUGGAUUCAUCCCUGACUUCCUCCUCACCCUUUAAAUGUCACCAAAAUCAAAAUUUUCACGAACCUCAGAUGGUCAAUUUAAUUCAAAAGAUUAUGUUAUUGUUUUCAUCUCUUGAUACUAAUUCUUUUGAACUCAAAGAAAAAUUUAUAUGUGGCCAAACUAAAAUCCAAGAAAGUAGAGAACUUCAAUGGGAGAAAUUAAAUUUAAAUUGUAGAAGACAACUUAGAAAGUUGAUACUGGAGAAUACUAUAAACAAAAAGUUUUCAUUCAAAGAGUAUGGUUUGUUAUUGGAUCAGGCUUCCCAAAUGCUUGGGAUUAAUCAGACUGAAAACGAUGAAUAUCAUUCAGAGGAUAGGACUAUAUUUGAUUCUAUUCUUGGUGUAAAGACUGUGAAAGAGGUCUUAAAUAAGACAGUGAAAAGUGACCUGCAGCUUUUUUAUGCAAUAAAAGAUAUCCUUCAGAUUAUAAAGAUGAGUGAAGAAGGAGUUGUUGAAAACAAAAAUAGUGAAAUCAGCUCUAGUUAUUGGAACAAUUUAAUAGAAAAUGGGUCAAGAAUUAAUGAUGAUUUACAGUACUUAUUAGAAGGAGGUCUUGCUGGGUAUUCUUCUGUAACUUGUUCAAACUAUGGAAAUGGAUUCUUUCAAUUUAAUUGUAAACAUAACUCAAGCUUUAAUGAAAGAAUCAACUUUAAUAAAAUGAUAAACCACAAAAAUUCAUGUAUGAAUUUGCUGCAUACAAAUAUCCAGGAAAAUGGUUAUAGAUCUGUAUAUCCAACUUAUAAUGAAAGGAGGAUUGCCACUAGGUUACAAGGAAAAGUUCAAAACUUGGAUAACUGUGAAUUUACUGGCGUUUCAUCUCAGAAAUUACUGGAAACUAAUUCAAUCCUUAGUGACAGUAUUCCAGUGAAUGAAUAUCAAAUUGAGGCUUCUGAAGCUGAACACCAAUCUGUAAAAAUGUCAAAUGGUAUUUAUACUUUAUUAGACAUGAAAUAUAGGGUCAAAGGAGGACAAAGCAGAGAGAUUCUCUGUGAUAUGUUGGGAAAUAACAAAGUUUAUCAUGAUGAAAACGUUAACAAUAAUGUUAAUAGUGAAAAUGAAAACCAGUUUUCAGAAAAAAAGAUAAGAAAAAGGAGAUCUAAUUAUUAUCCUGAAAAUAACAGAAAAGUUCAAAGGUUAAAUCCAGAAAAACAAGAGUUAAAAAAAAGCACAAUAGAGUGGUGGAAGAAGCCAAGAGGUUGGAAGGUGACUUACUACAAGGAAGGCCAGAAAUAUUCUCAGAUCUUUAGGGUUUCAUUAAAUUCGACAAAUAUAGAAAGAGAAUCGCAGUAUAAACUUGCUUAUAAUUUUUACCUAUCAACUCGGGAAGAGGGAAAAGAAGAGGUUCAAACAAAUAACGAGAAUGAUAAUGUAAUUAAUAAUGGUAAUGGGAUAAAUACUAUUUUUUGUGAGAAUAUGAUGAAUAAUGUUACUGAGAAAUUAGCAUCUUCUAAUUUCUUAUAUAAUAUUCCAAACAUCAUUAAUACUUCAAAUUUGAUACAAAUGUUGAAUACAAACAUUAAUCCAAGAAAUAUAAUAUCAAGCAACGCCCCAUUGAUCGGAAACAUUCUGCCUUUGAACUACUGUUUAACUUCUUUAUUUAGAAGUUUUAAUCCUCCAUUAUAUGGUAUUGGGAUAAAUGGUGGUUCUAAUAUACAAAGUGAUGAAGGCUAUAAUCAUUUAAGCAUGGAAAAUCAUGCUAGAGCAUACCCUUCUACACAAAUAUCUUGUCAACCCUAUACACCUUUUAUUUCAUCAAUAAAUCCAUUUAUAAUACCAGUAUUUCCAUCUCUAAUACAAAAUCUAAAUUUAAUUCAACAGAAUAAUAAUAAUGUAAAUACUGAAUGGAAUGAAUUUCCAGUUGGUUCUACAGAAUUACCACCAAAUAGCAAUAUAAUUAAUAAUAAAAUUGAAUAA